GCUUAUGUCUCAACUCUCCGGGCAGACUGCCUACCGGAGGCAGUCCCGCCAAACAGACGAAAAGACCUGCAGAGCAAUGCAGGCGUUUUUCCGCUCGGCAUCCUGCUCUUUGAUCCUGCAAACUGGCCCACCCUGGCCUUGGAAAUUCUGGCCGCAGAGGUGCUCGGCUACAACGUAUGGAUGAAUGACAUUUCUGGUGUGUCUACGUUUGCCGCGAGUGAGCCCUUCUACUUAGUCGCUGGAUGCGAGCAAAAUUUGACGGAAUGGCAAUGCGGGGGGCAAGUCUCCAGAACGCACGUCGCAUUGAGUGGUGCCUAUUUGCCAGGCAACGAAGAAGUACUGGCGAAGGUACAGAGACUUCGGGUUGGUGGUAUUAUGGAUGUACAGGCCGACAUCGGAAAUCCCAUUUAUGAAGGCUUGAGCAUCUCGCAGAGGUUGGCUGAUAAGGUUCUAAAGGAGACCGGUUUGGCCUUAGAGUAUUUUCGUUCUUAUCAUGUCCGCAACAAAGCGGCAAUUCUGCCCUACUUUCACAAGAUUCAAGAUGUCAAUGAUUCAGAUCUCGCACCGUGUGCCACCUGGGUCCUUUGGCCUGAGUUUUCGAACAGAAUGGAAGCAUAUCUGCAGAUCACUGGAGACGCAGAUGGCGUUACAGUGGAGGCUGAGGGUGGGACCCAAACCAUCAGGCCGCGAUGCCACGAAAGCCGGUGGUGGUUGGCUCCCACAUGCCGUGAGAAUUCAACAGAAUGCAUUCCGUGCCUGCUCUAUGACUGGUUUGGCUUUCCCUGGCAUAUUGAAGAAGUCAUGCAGAAAGCCACAAUCUGGGAAAUGCCCUUGGCAAUCGGGGCAGCACUGGCUGACUUCAACUCUGUCAGCGGUCCCUACUACCGUCUCCCCUUGACGCAUGAUGUGGUGACUCUGAGACAACAUCCAGACCUUCAAAAUACCAUUCCACUGGUCUCAGCGCCAAUUGUUUUUCCACGCCACAGUCCCAGAGACUGGCAGAGGGGACUAGCAUCCAGCAUGUCCGCCCCCUGGUCAACUUCACGGCUUUCACACAAAGAUCUUGGGGAAUGGGCACCAGAUGUUCAAGAACUUCUUCGGCGGAUGAGGUUUUAUGGAGAGGACUAUGAGUACGUAUCCAUCGGGAUGUCCGGCCGAGUGGAGCAGGGCCAAGCUACGUGGCAAGGCUUGGCAUGCGAGUGGCUUCAGAACAACACAGACGUGUGGAAAGCAUGGGUACCCGCUGUUACGAGCUGCUUCCCUGGCCACGGCUUGUUUGGCGCCGGGACUUUCGUCAGUUCCCGCGAGAAUGCCACUACAUGUCGACCCUGUCCACCGGGAAGUUAUUCAGCUCCGUUUUACGACUAUGAAGAGACUGCCCAAUGCCAGUCGUGUUCACCAGGAUACUGGCAAAGCUCAUAUGGGACCGUGACGUGCAAUCCAUGCUCUCCAGGUACGUUUGCCAAUGACACUGGCUCGACAUUGUGCAAUGAUUGUGCACAGGGCCAGUUCCAGCCAGCAGCCUCAUCCAGUUCCUGCGAGGUAUGCGACAUUUCGCAAACAACAAACAUCCGUGGUGCCACCGAGCGGAGCGAAUGCAUCUGCAAAUCUGGCUACUUUCGGGGAGCCACAGGAUGUGAACUUUGUUCCACCGGACUCCG